AUGCAGGAGGUCGGAAUUAUUCGCCCCCCAACAACUCGUCGGAUCUUACCUGUUUCCACGGUGGCCCAGCAGCAGGCCAGGCUUAGAGUUGCUCCUCACAGCACGCUUUGUGUGACGUCGCUCGGUAAUCUCUUGUUUUUGCACCACGAAAUGACACCUCUUUUAUUUGUAUUUCGCUCUUGGCUACCAUACUAUAAAUCUGUCAGCAGGAUAUAUAUCUUUCUGCAAGUCACACUAUUUGUUCGAUAUUUUGAGAGACAGAGUGGGACUAAACAGCACACAUUCAAAUUUCCUCCAACCAGUCUCCAGGGCUGUCUAGUUCCAGAAAGGCGAAACAACAUAUUUUUUUUUCGGAAACACCUCGAAGCGAGCACUUGA